AUGGGUAAAUACGAAGUACAAAUUCAAGGGGUUAAACUUAAGAUUACUCUUAUUGAUCAUGCAGCUCUGAUUGAUAACAGCAUAUUGGAAUUCAAGACCUUGUUGCAGAAGCGUCGAGUUGCAGGCCUAGACGUUAAGUUCAAUCACAGGAGCACCAGAAAGGCUGAAAUGCUAAUUCUAUGUGUGGGGAAUCGUUGCCUGGUCAUUCAGCUAGGCCAUUUAGGCUCAAUUCCUGAGAGUCUGAAGAAGUUUGUGGGUGAUGAGACCAUUUGUUUCUGUGGGACAGAAAUGAGUAGGAAAGAUGUGAGUAUUGGGAAGCAUAAUUUACGAUGUAAAACUGGGGUUGAACUGGGGCAUUUGGCUGCCAGGAUUCUGAAGAAGCCGCAUAUAAGUUCAUUUGGGGUGGCAAAGUUGGCUAGAGAAGCUGGUUUGAAUUCUGUUUCUACAGGAUUUUAUGGGAAUCCUCCGAGUUGGAGUGGCAGAGCUUUCUCAAAUGAGCAAAUUAUGUUUGCCAUUAAUGAAGCUUAUACAUGUUAUGUUAUUGGCAACAAGCUUUUGGGUAUGCUUGAUGAAUGA